AUGGAUUGGACGAAUGAGACUGUGAUGCGGUUCCUGGAACUGUACCAAACGCACCCUUGCAUUUGGGACCCGAAACAUCGUUCGCACAAAAACAAAACGCGUCUAAGCGACGCGUGGACGGAUAUCAAGAAUAAAUUGGGCGAACCGUGCACGGUGCAAGAGCUCAAGAAGAAGAAGGAGUCGUUGAUGGCUGCGUACAGAGGGUACAGGACGAAGAUCAAGAAGUCGGAGACGCCUGGUGGGAAGUCUGAGGUGUACCGACCGACGUGGUUUGCUUAUUCGUUGAUGGAUAGUUUCCUGGGAACAAUUUAUAAAUGCACACUUCCUAUUAACACUGAGGAUAAAGUUCACCGGGAAAGUCAGGAUGAUAGAAGUGAGUUAAGCAUCAUCGUUGAAUCCGACGAAUCAAACCAAGAACAGAAAUACUCAGCACACGCAACAUUCCAACGUGGUACGAAUCAAUCUCCACCCUCACAACCGAAAUCAAGUCCAAUCACAGCCAGGAGGAAGUAUCCCGAGCCGCAACAGACCAAACAACAAACAGACCGGACCAAACAAACGGUGUCCCACGAAGAAGACGACGAAUGCAGCAUAUUCGGUAAGCUGAUAGCAAAGAAGAUGCGUAAACUCUCCGAGGAACGAAGGGAUAUGAUGAUGAUAAAGAUAAAUCAGUUAUUUUAUACCGAAUGCCACGAACAGAACAGGCCGAGUUCUUCUUCGGCGAUGUCUUUUCAUAUGGGUAACUCAUCUCUACCAAGAAUGCAGAAGCAUGACAGCAGCCCUUAAACUCACGGAGCGGUUCUCAGCCGUUUACGAGACGGCUGUUUCGUUUUUCCAAAACUCGGCGUCAUCGUCGUCGCUGAUUUUGCGCAAACUUGGCGGCUCUUAGACGU